AUGGGCAGAGAACUCCAGAAGCGCAAGAAGCGCUCGUCUCGCGCCACCGUCCAGACGCAUACCAUCAAGAAGAAGCACUUGAACCCCCAGGGCAGCGGUAUCGUUGCCAAAGCAUGGAACAAGAAGGAGACCCUCUCGCAGAACUACUCCCGCUUCGGUCUCGUCGCUAAGCUCGGCACCGCCGCCGGCGGCAUGGCCAAGAAGUGCGCUUCCGCCAACUACGCCGGAAUCACCAAGGACGACCCCCUGGCCGUCAAGUCCUCCGACCGCGGCCUGCUGCAGGUGCGCGAGGUCAAGGUGGAGCGUGACGCCUCGGGCAAGAUCGUCAAGAUUUUGCGCCAGGAGAACCCGCUCAACGACCCGCUCAACGAGAUCGAGUCCGACUCCGAAUCCGAGGAACCCAAGCACAACCCGACCCACGACAUCGAAUGGAACGGCAUCAGCGACGACCGUCAGGAGGAGACGAUUGAUCAGAGCAGCCGGCCCGAGGUCAUCCGCAUGCUCGAGGAGGAGGCGUCGCGCCCCGUGGAGAAGACGGUGCGGUACCAGAGCGAGCGCGAGCUCGAGUGGUUGCAGAAGCUGGUGGCCAAGCACGGCGACGAUGUGGCUGCCAUGGUUCGCGAUAUCAAGCUCAACCCUAUGCAGCAGACCAAGGGCGACAUUUCCAAGAGGUUGAAGAAGGCUGGUUUGUUGCAGUGA